AUUAAUAAUUUUUCAUUUUAGUGUGUGUUUGUGCAUGCACGCAUGAGAUGAGAUGGCAAAGAUGAAUGUACAAAAUAUAUGCUUGCGAGAUCUCUUCAGUUACCUGGACUUCUGCCAUUUUUUAAUCCUUGUGAAAGAUAUGCCACUGAAACACAAUGGUUUGAUUUCUGGGAAUGCUUCGCUAAAACUGCAUAAUAAUGAUGACUUGUGAUCUGUAUCUAGUAGGCACACCCUUGCGUUGUGGAACCACAAAACAUCUUGAUCUCAGCCACAUCUCACGGGGGAACAGAUCAGACCCGCAACAACUUAAGAAGAGAAUGACGAUUCCGAUGAUCACUAUGGUUGGGCUCGUACUCAUCUUUGUGGGACCAUGUAUGGGUAUGGCCUAUCAACUCACAGGAAAUGUUGCUUUGAAAAGUGUGACCCACCAGUCCGUUGACUUGUUGAACAGUUUACACCGCUUCCAAUGCUGUUGAUGGAAACAAAGCAACAAAUUUAGCAAAAAAUUCCUGCACUUACAUAACUGCAAAAAGAAACCCAUGGUGAAGAGUUACCCUGCAACAGCCUUACAAAAUUGUCAUGGUUGCCAUUACCAACCGGGGUGAUUGUUGUGCCGAUAGGAUCGAUGGAGCUGAGAUUCGUAUUGGGAACAGCCUUGACAACGACGGCAACCACAAUCAGCUGUUUCAAAAGUGUAUUCUAUGCAGGCUGGGAAAACACAGAAGUUCAAGUUCAGCCCCUCAGAUGGACAGUAUGUUAAUGUUCUUUUACUAGGAGAGAACCACAUUCUGACAGUAUGUGAGGUAGAGGUGUACGAAGUCUCUGAAGACAUGGUAGCAAUGAUACAGUCUGAGGGGAUUAACGUGGCACCAAAAGGACAAGCUACCCAGUCCAAUCAAGGUUCUACAGCAUGCCUGAGUCUUGCACAAAAUGCCAUUGACUGGAACCGGCAGUAUGACCUAUUCAAAGGCUCUUGCACUCAAACGAAUACUGAAAGUGAUCCCUGGUGGAGACUGGUUCUAAUGAAAACUUAUACAAUUGUAUCAGUGGCUCUUACCAAUCGCGGUGACUGCUGCACCGAGCAACUGAAUGGAGCGGUGGUUCACAUUGGAGAUUCACUAGAGUCUGAGGGCCAUGCAAAUCCAGUGUGUGAUAAAGUGUUCUUCAUCCCUGCAGGAGGGACAGGAAAGUUCCGGUGUGACAGUGCUCUUCAAGGCUGUUAUGUGACUGUGGGUCUUCCUGGGGAAAACAGGACUCUGAGCUUGUGUGAAGUGGAGGUGUUCAGGGUUCCAACAGAAUAGUGCAGUUUUUGUUUUGUUUUUUGUUUUUUAGCAGUAGACUAAUUACAAUAUUUUUUUAUAAUUCCAAUUUACUGGAAUUUGAAUUAUCUAUACCUGUUACAAAUAUUUGCAUGAGAAACAAAAUCAUUGUCUUUAAAUGCUCAGUAACACAUCAAAAGUAUAUUUCUCACUUUUAUUAGUUAACAAUAGUUAAUAUGAAUGUUCGGUCCAAUUCUUAUCAGCUUGUUUUAAUAAAAAGUGUGCA